UACGAGAGAAAGAAGAUCAAGGUUUUAUUGAAUAUUUAAUGUGUUAAAUACGGGUUAAUAAUCCUUUGCGGAUUUGUUUAUAUUUGUUUCGAUCCUUCUUCUCUGUGUGGAGGAGGAGGAGCAGGAGGGUGCUCGAGUCUAUAUCUGCGGGAAGCUAACUGCACGAGAGGACCAUGUACAUUAAACAGGUUAUUAUCCAGGGCUUCCGCAGCUACAGGGACCAGACUGUGGUCGACCCUUUCAGUUCCAAACACAAUGUGAUCGUCGGCAGAAACGGAUCUGGGAAGAGUAACUUCUUUUACGCCAUCCAGUUUGUGUUGAGCGAUGAGUUCAGUCACCUGAGGCCCGAGCAGCGUCUGGCUCUGCUUCACGAAGGCACCGGUCCCAGAGUCAUCUCCGCUUUUGUGGAAAUUAUAUUCGACAACUCUGACAACAGGCUGCCGAUCGACAAAGAAGAGGUCUCACUGCGACGUGUCAUCGGAGCUAAAAAGGACCAGUACUUCCUCGACAAGAAGAUGGUGACUAAGAAUGAUGUGAUGAACUUGCUGGAAAGUGCAGGCUUCUCCCGUAGCAACCCGUAUUACAUUGUGAAGCAGGGAAAGAUCAAUCAGAUGGCGACGGCUCCUGACUCUCAGCGUCUGAAGCUCUUGAGGGAGGUGGCAGGAACCCGAGUGUACGACGAGCGAAAGGAAGAAAGUAUCUCUCUGAUGAAGGAGACGGAGGGGAAAAGGGAGAAAAUCAACGAGCUCCUGAAGUACAUCGAGGAGCGACUGCACACUCUGGAGGAUGAAAAGGAGGAGCUGGCACAGUACCAGAAAUGGGACAAAAUGAGGAGAGCUCUGGAGUACACCAUCUACAACCAGGAGCUUAACGAGACUCGGGCCAAACUUGAUGAGCUGUCGAGCAAGAGGGAGACUUGUGGUGACAAAUCCAGGCAGCUACGUGACGCUCAGCAAGACGCCAGAGACAAAGUGGAGGAGACCGAGCGCAUUGUGCGCGAGCUGAAGGCUCGUAUCACAGCCAUGAAGGAGGAGAAGGAGCAGCUGAGUUCUGAGCGACAGGAGCAGAUCAAGCAGAGAACCAAACUGGAGCUCAAAGCCAAAGAUCUGCAGGACGAACUGGCAGGCAACAGUGAACAGAGGAAACGGCUGCUGAAAGAGAGGCAGAAGCUGUUGGAGAAGAUCGAGGAGAAGCAGAAGGAGCUGCAGGAGACUGAGCCCAAAUUCAACACUGUGAAAGAGAAGGAGGAAAAAGGAAUAGCCAGACUGGCCCAGGCGACUCAAGAGCGCACGGACCUGUACGCCAAGCAGGGGCGUGGCAGCCAGUUUACUUCCAAAGAGGAGAGGGAUAAGUGGAUCAAGAAGGAGCUCAAGUCUCUGGACCAGGCUAUCAGCGAUAAGAAACGACAGAUUGCUGCCAUCAACAAGGACCUGGAGGAUACGGAAGCCAACAAGGAGAAGAACCUGGAGCAAUACAGUAAACUCGACCAAGACCUGAGCGAAGUGAAGACCCGUGUGGAAGAACUGGAUAAAAAGUACUACGAGGUGAAGAACAGGAAGGAUGAGCUGCAGAGUGAGAGAAACUACCUGUGGAGGGAGGAGAAUGCAGAGCAGCAGGCCCUGACAGCCAAGAGAGAGGAUCUGGAGAAAAAACAGCAGUUACUUCGUGCAGCUACAGGAAAGGCCAUUCUGAACGGUAUCGACAGCAUUAACAAGGUCCUGGAGCACUUCCGGCGGAAAGGCAUCAACCAGCACGUCAUCAACGGGUACCACGGCAUCGUCAUGAACAACUUCGAGUGCGAUCCUGCUUUCUACACCUGCGUGGAGGUGACCGCCGGAACUAGGUUGUUCUAUCACAUCGUCGAGACCGAUGAAGUGAGCACUAAGAUUCUGAUGGAGUUCAACAAGAUGAACCUACCCGGAGAGGUCACCUUCCUCCCCCUCAGCAAACUGGAUGUCCGGGACACCACGUACCCCGAGACCAACGAUGCCAUCCCGAUGAUCAGCAAACUGCGCUACAGUCAAAAAUUUGAUAAGGCCUUCAAGCAUGUGUUUGGGAAGACCCUCAUCUGCCGCAGCAUGGAGGUUUCCACACAGCUGGCUCGAGCUUUCACUAUGGACUGCAUCACUCUGGAGGGUGACCAGGUGAGUCACCGCGGCGCUCUGACCGGUGGGUACUACGACACCCGCAAGUCUCGUUUGGAGCUGCAGAAGGACAUGCGCAAAGCCGAAGAGGAGCUCUCGGAGCUGGAGGCCAAGCUCAACGAGAACCUGCGCAGGAACAUCGAACGCAUCAAUAACGAGAUCGAUCAACUGAUGAACCAGAUGCAGCAGAUCGAGACGCAGCAGAGAAAGUUCAAGGCCUCCAGGGAUAGCAUCCUCUCCGAGAUGAAGAUGCUCAAGGAGAAGAGGCAGCAGUCCGAGAAGACCUUUAUGCCCAAGCAACGCAGUCUGCAGAGUUUGGAGGCCAGUCUACACGCUAUGGAGAGCACCCGCGAGUCCCUGAAGGCCGAGCUCGGUACCGACCUGCUCUCCCAGCUCAGCCUGGAGGACCAGCGCCGCGUCGACGACCUCAACGACGAAAUCAGACAGCUGCAACAGGAGAACAGACAGCUGCUGAACGAUAGGAUUAAACUAGAGGGCAGUAUAACCAGAGUGGAAACGUAUCUGAAUGAGAACCUGCGCAAGCGCCUUGACCAAGUGGAACAGGAGCUGAACGAGCUGAGGGAGACGGAAGGUGGGACUGUUCUCACAGCCACCACGUCCGAGCUGGAUGGGAUCAGCAAGCGUGUCAAAGACACCAUGGCCCGUUCAGAGGACCUGGACGUGCAGAUCGAUAAGACCGAGGUGGAGAUCAAGGAUCACAUAAAGAGCAUGGAGCGCUGGAAGAACAUCGAGAAGGAUCAGAACGACGCGAUCAACCACGACACCAAGGAGCUGGAGAAGAUGACCAACCGGCAGGGCAUGCUGCUGAAAAAGAAAGAGGAGUGCAUGAAGAAGAUUCGUGAGCUCGGCUCUCUCCCGCAGGAGGCGUUCGAGAAGUACCAGACGCUCACGCUCAAACAGCUCUUCCGGAAGCUGGAGCAGUGCAACACCGAGCUGAAGAAGUACAGCCACGUGAACAAGAAAGCUCUGGACCAGUUCGUGAACUUCUCCGAGCAGAAGGAGAAGCUCAUAAAGAGACAGGACGAGCUGGACAGGGGCCACAAGUCCAUCAUGGAACUCAUGAACGUCCUGGAGCUGCGUAAAUACGAGGCCAUCCAGCUGACCUUCAAACAGGUGUCCAAGAACUUCAGCGAGGUCUUCCAGAAGCUGGUUCCAGGCGGAAAGGCCACUCUGGUUAUGAAGAAAGGAGAUGCUGAGGGUGGGCAGUCACAGGACGAAGGAGAGGGCGGAGCCGACGGCGAGAGAGCGUCCCAGAGCAGCGUGCCCAGUGUCGACCAGUUCACAGGCGUUGGCAUCCGGGUAUCUUUCACAGGGAAGCAGGGAGAGAUGAGGGAGAUGCAGCAGCUGUCUGGAGGUCAGAAAUCUCUAGUGGCGCUCGCUCUCAUUUUUGCAAUUCAGAAGUGCGACCCUGCGCCUUUCUACCUGUUUGACGAGAUCGACCAGGCUCUGGAUGCCCAGCACAGGAAAGCAGUUUCAGACAUGAUCGUGGAGCUGGCAGGGAACGCUCAGUUCAUCACCACCACCUUCAGACCGGAGCUGCUGGAAUCGGCCGACAAAUUCUACGGCGUCAAAUUCAGAAACAAGGUGAGUCACAUCGACGUGAUCUCGGCUGAACAGGCCAAGGACUUUGUGGAGGACGACACCACUCACGGCUAAGUGACGGAGCUCUUUCCUGUUCCUGUUCCACCUCCCACCUCCCUUUGUUACGCCAGUUACGCUCGAGUGAAUUUUUCUAACAGGCUUUGCAGAUUUUAAACUGUUGUCGUGUUUUAGAUCAACCUUCUGUUCUUAUGAGGAGAAACACUGAAGAAAGCAUGUUCGUUUUUGCUUUUAAUGUUAUAAUAUCGGAUUUAUGCUUGUACAUGUUUCCUUCAGACUGACACUAUUAGGUGACGCAUGGUUCAUAAGCAACAACACGUCUAUUCUGUCAUCAGAAAGUAUUUUAUCUUGAUCUCCAUUUAAAAAUGCAGCUCUUCUUAUCUUGUAGUUCAAUGUUUUCUGUUUUUUUUGCAUUCCUUAGGAUGUUUUAGAGCUUCACAAUUUAACUGAUUUUAUCUAAUCUCCAUAUUAAAUGUGUUCGCGUUUGUUACUUAAAAAAUAAAGGUGUCCAAAUGAA